UGCAGCGCGAGGGGCGGAGAGGCACAGCGCGGCGAGAGGACCAGACGCCCAGGUCGCCCGCAUCCAGUGCCGCAGGAGACCCAGAGUGCACCUUCGCUGGGGAGUCCCAGCUGCUCCCUUGGCCCCAGCGACAGAUCAUCUGUCCUCCGCCUGGACCCCAGCUCAGCGCUCCCUUCCUCCGGAGCAUACGCUACCCCUUGCAGCCGGAGACGCACCCCAAGCCCCUCCCCGGCGACCACCAUGGCGGAGACCAACAACGAAUGCAGCAUCAAGGUGCUUUGCCGAUUUCGGCCCCUGAACCAGGCCGAGAUUCUGCGCGGGGACAAGUUCAUCCCCAUUUUCCAAGGGGACGACAGCGUCAUUAUUGGGGGAAAGCCAUAUGUCUUUGACCGCGUGUUCCCCCCAAACACGACUCAGGAGCAGGUUUAUCAUGCGUGUGCCAUGCAGAUCGUCAAAGACGUCCUUGCUGGCUACAACGGCACAAUUUUUGCUUAUGGACAGACAUCCUCAGGGAAAACACACACCAUGGAGGGGAAGUUGCAUGACCCUCAGCUGAUGGGGAUCAUUCCUCGGAUUGCUCGAGACAUCUUCAACCACAUCUACUCCAUGGAUGAGAACCUUGAAUUCCACAUCAAGGUGUCUUAUUUUGAGAUUUACCUGGAUAAGAUCCGGGACCUUUUGGAUGUGACCAAGACAAACCUGUCUGUACAUGAAGACAAAAACCGGGUGCCAUUUGUCAAGGGCUGUACCGAACGCUUUGUGUCCAGCCCAGAGGAGAUUUUGGAUGUGAUCGACGAGGGGAAGUCCAACCGUCACGUGGCUGUCACCAAUAUGAACGAACACAGCUCCCGGAGCCAUAGCAUCUUCCUCAUCAACAUCAAGCAGGAGAACAUAGAGACAGAGCAGAAGCUCAGCGGGAAGCUGUACCUUGUGGACCUGGCCGGGAGCGAGAAGGUCAGCAAGACCGGGGCAGAGGGAGCUGUGCUGGACGAGGCCAAGAACAUCAACAAGUCUCUGUCCGCCCUGGGGAACGUGAUCUCUGCUCUGGCCGAGGGCACUAAAAGCUACGUGCCGUACCGUGACAGCAAAAUGACCCGGAUUCUCCAGGACUCUCUGGGCGGGAACUGCAGGACCACCAUGUUCAUCUGCUGUUCGCCGUCCAGCUACAAUGACGCAGAGACCAAGUCCACCCUGAUGUUUGGGCAGCGGGCAAAGACCAUCAAGAACACCGCCUCUGUGAAUCUGGAGCUGACUGCCGAGCAAUGGAAGAAGAAAUAUGAGAAGGAGAAGGAGAAAACCAAGGCCCAGAAGGAGACGAUUGCGAAGCUGGAGGCUGAGCUGAGCCGGUGGCGCAAUGGAGAGAAUGUGCCUGAGACUGAGCGCCUGGCAGGAGAAGACUCAGCUCUGGGAGCCGAGCUCUGUGAGGAGACGCCGGUGAACGACAACUCAUCCAUUGUGGUCCGCAUCGCACCUGAGGAGAGGCAGAAAUAUGAGGAAGAGAUCCGCCGCCUGUACAAACAGCUUGAUGACAAGGAUGAUGAGAUCAACCAGCAGAGCCAGCUCAUCGAGAAGCUGAAGCAGCAGAUGCUGGACCAGGAAGAGCUGUUAGUGUCCACUCGGGGGGACAACGAAAAGGUCCAGCGGGAGCUGAGCCACCUGCAGUCAGAGAACGAUGCCGCGAAGGAUGAGGUGAAGGAAGUGUUGCAGGCCCUGGAGGAGCUGGCGGUCAACUACGACCAGAAGUCCCAGGAGGUGGAGGAGAAGAGCCAGCAGAACCAGCUGCUGGUGGACGAGCUGUCCCAGAAAGUGGCCACCAUGCUGUCCCUGGAGUCUGAGCUACAGCGGCUCCAGGAGGUCAGUGGACACCAGCGAAAACGGAUCGCUGAGGUACUGAACGGGCUGAUGAAGGACCUGAGUGAAUUCAGUGUCAUUGUGGGCAACGGUGAGAUUAAACUGCCAGUGGAGAUCAGUGGGGCUAUCGAAGAGGAAUUCACAGUGGCCCGGCUCUACAUCAGCAAAAUCAAGUCGGAGGUCAAGUCCGUGGUUAAGCGGUGCCGGCAGCUGGAGAGCCUCCAGGUGGAGUGUCAUCGCAAGAUGGAGGUGACUGGCCGGGAGCUGUCGUCCUGCCAGCUGCUCAUCUCGCAGCACGAGGCCAAGAUCCGUUCGCUCACGGAGUACAUGCAGAGUGUGGAGCUGAAGAAACGACACCUGGAAGAGUCCUAUGACUCCCUGAGUGAUGAGCUCGCCAAGCUUCAGGCGCAGGAAACUGUGCAUGAAGUGGCUCUGAAAGACAAGGAGCCAGACGCACAGGAUGCGGAGGAGGUGAAGAAGGCCCUGGAGCUACAGAUGGAGAGCCACCGUGAAGCCCAUCACCGGCAGCUGGCCCGCCUCCGGGAUGAGAUCAAUGAGAAACAGAAGACCAUUGACGAGCUGAAAGACCUGAACCAGAAGCUGCAGUUGGAGCUGGAGAAGCUUCAGGCUGACUAUGAGCGGCUAAAGAACGAGGAGCACGAGAAGAGCGCUAAACUCCAGGAGCUGACAUUUCUGUACGAGCGACAUGAGCAAUCCAAGCAGGACCUCAAGGGGCUGGAGGAGACAGUUGCCCGGGAACUCCAGACCCUCCACAACCUUCGCAAGCUGUUCGUUCAAGACGUCACGACUCGAGUCAAGAAAAGUGCAGAAAUGGAGCCCGAGGACAGUGGGGGGAGUCACUCCCAAAAGCAGAAGAUCUCCUUUCUUGAGAACAACCUGGAACAGCUUACAAAGGUUCACAAGCAGCUGGUACGUGACAAUGCAGAUCUGCGUUGUGAGCUUCCUAAAUUGGAAAAACGACUUAGGGCUACGGCUGAGAGAGUUAAGGCCCUGGAGGGUGCACUGAAGGAGGCCAAGGAGGGCGCCAUGAAGGACAAGCGCCGCUACCAGCAGGAGGUAGACCGCAUCAAGGAAGCAGUGCGGUACAAGAGCUCCGGCAAGCGGGGCCAUUCCGCCCAGAUUGCUAAGCCUGUGAGGCCCGGCCACUACCCUGCCUCCUCACCCACCAACGCCUACGGCACCCGGAGCCCCGAGUGUAUCAGUUACACCAACAACCUCUUCCAGAACUACCAGAACCUGCACCUGCAGGCUGCACCGAGCUCCACCUCAGAUCUGUACUUUGCUAACUCCUGUGCCAGCAAUGGGACCACAUCUGGUGGCCCCUUGGCUUCCUACCAGAAGGCCAACAUGGACAAUGGAAAUGCCACGGAUAUCAACGAUAACAGGAGUGACCUGCCAUGCGGCUAUGAGGCUGAGGACCAGGCCAAGCUUUUCCCUCUCCACCAAGAGACAGCAGCCAGCUAACUCCUAUUCCUGGCUACGAAUCUGCACUUUCAGGUAGCUGCAGGCAGCUUUCCUCCCUGGCCC